CUUCUGAUACAGCCUUCUUUGUCUGCCUGUCUUUUCGUCUCUUUUUUCAAGAUUUUAGACACAACCCUUUAUUCGAUUUAGCAUGAAAGCGCUGUUUAAUUCCAUGGAUCCUUCUAUAUUGCAGACAAAACCAUCAACCCCAUUGUUAUAUGCUGCCACAAGCAGCAGUUGCACCAGUAGUGAAACUGAUGAAAGCCCCGCGACAUCAGACAGGUUUGAGUUUCAAAAUCUUAAGUUCAAGAUUCCUAGCAAUCCCACCGCUGGUUUUUAUUCGUAUAAAUCAUUGGCUGUUCUUUCAGGCCACAUUGGAUCAGUCUCUUGCUUAGCCUUGUGUGGAGAAUUCAUCCUCAGUGGUUCACAAGGCAAGGAUAUUAUAGUCUGGCAACAGCCUGAUUUAAGGCAAUUUACGAAGUUUGGACAAGGCGAUGGGUCAGUUAAGGCCCUUGCUAGUAUUGGGAACAAGGUCUUUACUGCGCAUCAAGAUAGUAGAAUUAGAGUUUGGAAAGUUUCAAGAAGCUCUGAGAAUAUAUUUAGGCUUGUUGAUACUCUUCCUACUACUAAGGACUACUUGGGGAAGUUCAUGAAGCAGAGUAAUUAUGUUCAAAUUAGGCGGCAUCACAAGCGAUUAUGGAUUGAGCAUGCCGAUAGUAUUUCUUGCUUGGCAGUGCAUAAUGGGCUAAUAUAUUCUGGUUCAUGGGAUAAGACUCUUAAAGUUUGGAGGAUAUCAGAUUUCAAGUGUUUGGAAUCAAUUAAAGCUCAUGACGAUGCGAUAAACGGAUUGGUUUCGAGCAAGAGAAUCAUAUAUUCAGCAUCUGCAGAUGGGAAAAUCAAGGCUUGGGAAAAGGAAGGAAAGAGCACACAUUCACUUAAAGGGAUUUUGGAGGGCCAUAAAGAUGUUUCAGUGAAUUCUGUGGCUGUAUCUGAAGAUGGAAGCUUGGUUUAUGGAGGUGGCUCGGAUGGAUAUGUAUUAGGGUGGUUGGGAAACAAACUUUUUGAUAGUUGGAGGGUCAUUUGUGAGGUGAAAGCACAUGAGAUGGCUGUUUUGUGUAUGUGUUUAAUGGGAGAAUUUCUGUGUUGUGGAUCAGCAGAUAGAAGUAUUAGCAUUUGGAAAAGAGAGAUUAAUGGAGGAUUAUUCAGAUUUGGGGUCAUUAAAGGCCAUGAAGGUCCAGUCAAGUGUUUGCAGGCAUCACCAAGAUGUGUGGGAGGUGGAUUCAUGCUCUAUAGCGGAAGCCUUGACAAAAGUCUCAGAGUUUGGUGGAUUCCCAAGUCCUCUGGUGGAACAGAGGACACAUCUCCUAUUCAAAGAGCAGGAAACAUCUCUCCAUUCUCGUUUUAAAAAGUAUCUGAGGUCUCAGUAUUGAAGAGGCACUGAACUCUUUUUGUUUCAGUGUUCAGUUUUGUUUUCUGUUUCGUCAAUAUUUAUAUCAUGUAUAGUUAAAGUUU